AACAACUUUUGGCAGCGGCACGAUCUAACGGUUCGUCGCGCUGCGACUAGUUUUCGGGACCCGCCAGCUGCACGAGCCCGCGCUCCGAUGUCCCGUAAUUGCCUCGCCGCUCGGGCACUCCUCCGCGGACUGUCGGCGCAACGAUUUUUCCGCAAUCAUGCGAGAAUCAACUUACAAAUCUCAUGGAACUUGAGCUCCCGCCGCGACCCCGUGCCACAACACUGAAUACAUUCGCGAUGUUACGUUGGUUACUUUGAAUCGAUUACGACAGUGAAGUUGUACAGGAAGAAGUCUCUUCGACGCGCGGAAUGAUGUUUCCGUGACGAGGAUCCACGCUAACUGACAGUGACAAAUCGCAGUGUCCGCGUGCAGUGUUCAGAAAAAACGAAACGAGCCGAGUUUCAUGGACGCAACCCUGAAGCAUGUCCUGCAAGAAUCGCGUCAGCGUGACCUCGCGCAUUCUGGGAACGACCAGGCGGCUGAUCUCGCGUGUGGCGAACCAGGCGCUUACCGUUUCGCCACAGCCGGCAGUAACGGUGGAGGGGCCGGUGUCCAAAAUGUCUCCACCAACGAACGACGUGACCAAUGGUGUGGUUGCGCCAGCCAACACCCUGGCGCCCCGGGUUUCGCCGACUACGAACCCGGCCCUUACCACCAUCAACCCGCCAACGCACAAGCGAACUCCGAAGGACUUCAUCUUUGGCAAGGUGAUCGGCGAGGGUAGCUUCUCCACCGUUUACCUCGCCAAGGACAUCCACACCAGCAAGGAGUACGCGAUCAAAGUGUGCGACAAGCGUCACAUCAUCAAGGAGAAGAAGACCGAGUACGUGAAGCGGGAGAAGGAAGUGCUGAACAUGCUCGCGGGCGCGAAACACUCGUUCGUGCGCUUGUUCUGUACGUUCCAAGACGUCGAGAGACUCUAUUUUGUCCUAUCCUACGCGAAGAACGGUGAGCUGCUGCCCUACAUCAACAAGGUCGGCUCCUUCGACAUCGAGUGCACCAAAUUCUACUCGGCGGAGAUCCUCCGUGGCCUCGAGUACCUGCACGGUCUCGGGAUCAUACACCGGGAUCUCAAGCCGGAGAACAUUUUGCUGGACGAGAAAAUGCACGUGCUCAUCACCGACUUCGGUAGCGCGAAGAUCCUCAAGGACCCAGAGACGGCGUUGACGCAUACCACCACGGACGACCUGCAACAGCAGCAGCAACAACAGCAGCAGCAUUACAGAAGAGAACGUAGGGGCUCGUUCGUUGGUACCGCCCAAUACGUGUCCCCGGAACUCUUAACCGACAAGACAGCGAGCAGAGCCUCCGAUCUCUGGGCCCUCGGCUGCAUAGUCUACCAGAUGGUCGCCGGCCUGCCACCGUUCCGCUCCAGGAGCGAGUACAUGAUUUUCCAAAAGAUCCUGAGGCUCGAGUACGAGAUACCCGACGGCUUCUGCGAGCUGGCGAGAUCGUUGGUCAGCCAGCUGUUGGUGCUCGUGCCGAGCAAGAGGCUGGGCGCCCAGGACGAGCAUGGCGCCGGGUACCCUAGCAUCAGGGCGCACCCAUUCUUCGAGGGCGUCGACUUCGAGACCCUCCACGAGCAGACACCGCCGCCGAUCUACCCCUACCUGCCUGGCACGUCGGAACACGAAGAGCUCAGGUCGCAGUACAGGGUUCCCGAUCACCUGGAGCCCGGCCUCGACGAUAAACAGCUGACCAGGUUGCUCGGUUUGGGUAUCGGCGAGGACGACGACGACGACGACGACGACGAGGACGUGACCACCGAGCGUGAGAAGCCCGCGCCGACCAAUACGGUCGUCGAGAAGCAGUCGAGGAGACGGACGACGGACGCCGAUGGUAACAUCGCCGACCUGACGCCAGACGAGAUCAGGAACCGGCUGGAGAAGCAGCACACCUCCAACCAGUGGGACGUGUUCGUCGAGGGUAACCUGAUACUCAAGCAGGGAUUCGUCAACAAGAGGAAAGGCCUCUUCGCCAGACGGAGGAUGCUGCUGCUUACCACCGGGCCACACCUAUACUACGUCGAUCCUGUGAACAUGGUGCUCAAGGGUGAGAUACCCUGGAGCCCGGAGCUAAGGGUCGAGCCGAAGAGUUUCAAGAUCUUCUUCGUCCACACACCAAACAGAACCUACUAUCUCGAAGAUCCCGAGGGAUUCGCGUUGGAGUGGUGUAGAGCAAUCGAGAACAUGCGAGUCCACUACUACGGCCUGCAGGAGACCACAGCGUAAACAAAGAAGACUGAAAACACUGAUGAUGAUGAUCGCUUUUCACGGAUGUAGAGAGAAGGACGAACGAGGAGGAAGAAGGAUAGAGAAAGAAUGAGGAAAAGGUUUUCAUCCUGUGUAGACUAUGCAAAACCGUGAAGGUCCGCGGGGCGCGACGAGAGAUGACCGCUGUUCGCGUGGCCAGGGGCUGGCGAUUCCAAGUAGAUGAUUCGAAUUUAGGGUAAUCGUGACACUCGUCGUUAAGGAUGAUACGUUUUCUAGGGUAUAAGCUUAGCGUUCGUCGCGAUCGAGACGUGUUCUGUACAGCUUUAGGAGGAAAUUUUCUAGGUAAACGAAUUUCAAAGUCAAACCCCCCUCCGAGGUGGUCGCGCGCGACUCGGAGGGGGUGGGUGGUGAAACCGUGUAUCGUGCAGUUACAGUUAAUCUCCGGUUACGUUCGUAGUUCUGUAUUUAUUGUCGACUGUCGGGGAACCUCGGUAGAGAGGCUGCACGUUCAUUCUAGCACGCGACACACACAACACACACACACACACGCGUACAUGCACACACAUACACAUAUACACAUAUGAAAAAUAGCGAAAAUUUUUAGACAAGGUUUUUUAAGCUGUGCGCAACCACAGUACGCGUGCUCGCGCGCGCUCGCUGGCUUGACACUCGCGAUCGAGGUCGCUCGGACAAGAGAAUUAUUUAUUAGUCCGCGUAUUUCGAAGAACAUCGUAAUCAAAAUUGAAAAGAAGGGGAAUAUUCGUAGGAAAAAUAAGUAUGGGAACCGGUCGACCGAAGUAACUCGAAACGCGACAAGACUAUACGAUCGCGAGAUUCGUUCAAGCAGCGUGCAAGCGGUUUUGUUCCAAAUAUAGCCAAAAUUGUAUAGCGAAUUGAUAAGACGAGACUUUAGAAGUCGGAACCGGCAGCGGUGAGAUACGCGUCCGCUGUCGGUUCCUGCUGGUCUAACCGUCAAUUUAUAUAGUCGAAGUCAACCAAAAAAUCUCCGGAAAAACGCGGUGGGGGACAACGUGUCGCUUUUGCAGCUUUAAAAGAAAAAAAUAGGGGGACCGUUUACGUCGCCUGGAAAAAGGGGGUCCUCGGGACGUUGCGCGUUGUCCCGGGCCCGUCCUUGCUCUCUUCAAGUUCUACAGUAUUCUUCUCUCGUUGUUCGUUGCCCCUUUCUCAUUGGAACUUUGUAAAUAUUAGAUCGAUUUCCAUCGAAGAGCAGGCUUCGUAAGUCGCCCGACUAAUUGUAUAAAAUAGUGUUCUAUAUAGUUAGAUAGGUUUAUAGAUAGAGUAUAUUCGUAGGUACAAAAAUCGUUGUCCAACCACGGUUUUUCUCCGCGCGCGCGCGUGUCAACACACUGUUUUUUUCUUCUUAGUCCUGAUUCUCGCGAUCGCCCAGCCCCCUGGCCUCCGCGGACUCGAAUCGAACAACCAGCGUGAGUGUGUGCGUGCGUGUGCGUGUGUAUACAGCCGGGAACUGGAAGAACCGCGCGACCAUCUUUUCGAUCGUGAUCGAAGGAGAGAUUUCAACGACUUUUUUUCUCGAUGAACGCGGGAAAAGAUACGUCUGUUGUAUAACAAGGAAGCGGCGGAAAAGAAAUUAGACACACAAUGACCGUUGCGCACCAUGAAUUAUUAGAUCGGAGAUGUCCACGGGUAGAGCCAAGUUUCGCGCGCCCGUUGCCGGUUCGUAUUUAGAGCGAAACUCCGGCUACCUUGAUAGCUCAUUCGGGCAAACCAUAAGUUCACGCGUAAUCUGGUAUAAAACAAAACAGUAAUGUUUUAGCGUUCAUGAUACCAUCGGCCUCUUAGAGGUAACGUCUCUACCCCAAAGUGCAUCGCAUGGCAUAAAUGAACACACCAAAACUAAAUGUAACAGGCAUUGACGCACUUAUUCCGGUUAAACUUCAAAUUUUAAAGUUUAUGCAGAGAAUAUGGAAAUUGCCGUUCGUCUCUUACAAGAUCCCGGGAUUACCGACGUUUUAUUCAGCAAUUCUUAGGAACUUCUUGAAUUCUUUCCACGCAGAACCGCGAAUAUUUCUUUCGAAAGUUCGUUUCGAAGCCGAAUAAGUGCGCGAAAUUCGUAACACGUAAACGUUAUAUUUCUAUUCGUUUCUUUUUUAAAAGGCACAACGGAUCGAGCUUACGCGAAUUCGAUUAAGCAGUUCGAUUGGCUUGAAGCGAUACAUUAUUAUUGUUUCGAUUUCUUCUGGGAACACACGUUGGAGCUUCGCGACACCGGCAAAGCGCGGUGAAGGAGCUUCUCCAGCUCCGGAGCUUGGCUCGGACAUGCUCGGGAUAGGUAGAUAGAUGAUAGAGAAUUAAAAGGAUAGCUUUAAGAGACGUAGUACCCCGUUUAGAUGCGAAAUUAUACACGCGUAACACUAAGACCACACGUACACGUUACACACUUAAGCACAUUCAUCGCUCGCGUUUCGAACUAUCGUCGUUAUCAUUCUUACUAUUAGUAUAAUUUCUCUAGGGUUUAGUGCCGCCGCUACGAUUAUAUCGUUAACGUUCUAUUGUUAUUAACUAUUUCGCCGUGUAUUACCGAUAUAAGUAUUUACAACCCCUCGUAAUAUUCUCGACGCGUUAUUUAAGCGAUUUUUCCGUUCAC